CAGGCGACUGGGCUCGCAGGGGCGGGCGUGUUUACCGCUGCUUAGACGUGGCUUUGGCUCUGAGGGGAAGCUGUCGCGGGACGAAGGCCUGGUGGGAGCCCUCCCUGUAGGGGACAAAAGGAGGGUUGUUGGGCCCCGAGUUGCAUACUCUCAUUCGUUGCCUAUGAUAGGCUCUGGUCAUGUCCCAGAAGGAUAGCGAGUCCUUGCAAGAAGAUAAAUAUGAGCCCAAAGAAAAUGAUCAGAAGACAGAGGAGGCUGAACCUGCUGAAACUAAUGACACAGCAGCUGGGCCUGUGGCUAUGACACGGAAGAGACCUGAAGCCAGAACCACUAAUGCUGCUGUUUCACAAGAGCCACUGGGCCAGAAUGUGCAGGCCUCCAAUGUCAUCAAGGAGUCACAAACAGGAUGGGGAUACUGGGGAAGCUGGGGAAAAUCACUCCUCUCAACUGCUUCUGCGACGGUUGCUACUGUAGGUCAUGGAAUCUCAAACGUCAUUGAAAAAGCUGAGACCUCUCUUGGGAUCCCCAGCCCAAGCGAAUUACCACCUGAGGCUAAAGAUGCUAUGGAAGAAAGCCAGAAGUCUGAAGAAGGUAACAAGGGCAAAGGAGAUACUGAAGAACCUUCACCUGUUAGUGGUGCUUUUGGAAUGUUUUCUACCAUCUCUGCUGCUGUUCAAAGCACAGGGAAAACUGUUAUUACUGGAGGCUUGGAUGCCUUAGAAUUUAUUGGUAAGAAGACUAUGGAUGUGAUAGCUGAAGGUGACCCUGGAUUCAAGAAAACCAAAGGUCUGAUGAGCAGAAAUUCCACACUCUCUCAGAUCUUGCGAGAGGCAAAGGAGAGAGAAGAGCAGCGGACAGCUACUGAGGUUUCCAUGGCUACUGAGAAGAAAGCCCAUUAUGGGCUACUCUUUGAUGAAUUUCAGGGUCUUUCUCAUUUGGAAGCCUUAGAGAUGCUUUCCAGAGAGAGUGAAUCAAAGGUGAAGUCAGUUAUAAGCACACUCUCUGGAGAGGAGCUGGAUACUAUAAAGGCCGAAUUGGAACAGCUCAAAGAAGCAUUUUCGUUAGCAGAAUUUUGUGAUGAUGAAGAAGAAGAAAAGAGAGAUGAGGAAGACUUCUCAAAAGAGGUAACCGGUCUCUUUUCCCAAGUACAUGUCUCUACAAAGCCAGCCAAACUAAUCCAAGCAAGGGACUCUGUUCGAGAAAUGGCCAAAACCUUCAGUAGGCAAACUGCAAAGGAAGGAAGGCAGAAUGAAGGAGACCAGCAAGCGGGCCUCGGUGAUACUGAGCAAGAGGACAAAAAAUCAGUAGAGGAUAUUCACACAUUUGCAAUCAGGAGCCUGGCCGAGUUGACAGCUUAUUCCAUUGAAGUGUUCCACAAAACUGCUGCAUUGGUUCUUCAUGGUCAGAAGGAAGAGGUGCUGGCCAUACACCAAGCCAAAGCCCUUUCACAAAUGACCAUUGUCCUGUGUAAAGAACUGUCAUCUCUUUCUAAGGAAUUUGCUACCUGCUUAACAGUUGCAGGGGUGGAAGAGAAGGCAGAUGUUCUUAACCCUUUAAUCACUGGAGUAUUUUUGGAGGCUUCAAACAGCGCCUCUUACAUCCAAGACGCUUUCCAGUUGCUUCUGCCAGUUCUGCAGAUCUCCCACAUCCAGGCUCGGACAGAGUUACAACAAUAACCCCGAAUAUGACUGUGCUAGAGUGGUUUUCUUGACUGACACUUCCCUGGCUCCAUGAAACAAUAGGAGCAUGUAAUAAAAGGGAACGUUUUGACUGACAGUAAUAAGGCGCAGAAUGUCCAUGACUUGGCCGCUUCCGUGAAAAGGAUAAAGUAUAACCAGAGAAACAGGCUCCAAGUGCGGGGUAGCUUUGUCACUGUGCUGUUCUACCUAUUUCUGCUCCUGGUGCUUUAGUAAGAAAGUGGUGUCAAGCUACUCAAGAAAAGAAGAAUAUUGAAAAAGAGAACGGGGAUGGGCUUGUACAGCUGCACUGAUAGAACCAGAGCUUGGAGAAAUUAUUGGAAUUAGAUAAAUGUAUCAUAUACACUUUGUAUCUACAAAACCAGAAUGAAGUGAUAGCAAAAGGAAGCUAUGUGACAGUUUCCCAGAACAAUUUGCUGCUGUGCCAGUUUCUUCAAGGGAAAGAAAAGACAUGAGAAGAGAUCUGAGGGAAGAAAAUCCUGUAAAAGGAUAGGAGAGUAAGUCCCAUUAGCUACAAUGUGAUGUGCUUCCAAGUAAACAUGCCUAGGGUUACACUGGAAGUGUGUGUUUUGUUUGGCUUUUUAAAGUGUGUUUUGUUAGGCCUGGCUGACUUUCCAAUUGCCCUAGCCUUAUCUGUCUGUCAAUAAAAGCUUGGAGAUUAGAAAUAAAUUAGAAAUUCCAAAAAAACAGAGAGAAAUGAAAACGUUUCAUACAACAAUAUUUCCCCAGCUGAACUAAUUCGUUUGCGAAUGUAUUUGUGGAUAGAGUGGAAACUUGGACCUAACUUGGCCAAUACCCUAGCUCUCUAGCAAUAAAUAAAAAGCAAGCAAAAGAGAGUUGGUUCCCUCUGAAUAAUAUGGUUAGAAGGCAAUAAAUUAGGGUGUUUUGAUAGCAGAAGCUAACAUGGGGAAGUGCACAGAGUUGGUGCAGUGCUUUGUUCCUCUUAGCCUCACACAAAGUGCUUGAAAACUUUUGCUCUAUUUUUGGAGAGAACUAUUCAGGACUGUGGGAUCUAUGCUUAGAACCCAGAUUCAGACGUGCUUCUUCAUAUGGACAUGUCCCCAAAACGUUCCAGAAACAAAUACCCUUUCCCUUUUAUAUCCAAUAGUAUUUUGCACUUAUCCAAUUUUUAGGCUGCGGUUUUGGUUUUUUCUUCUGUUGUGCUCAAGUUCUUCAGGAGGAAUUCUAUAAAUAUUUCUUUUUUUUAACAAGCAAGCAGCUUGUUAUAGUCACUGUGUUUCCUGCUCCUUUUCAUCCUGUGCAUCUCUUCACUGUAGAGAUGCAGUGGCAGGAAAGGGUUGGAAGGACGUGAAUUGCUUGUCUGUCUGUCUGUCUAAAAAGUGAGCUUGCUACCUGCUAUCAGGAUGGGUUAGUUGUAAUGUUUUAGCAUUGGUUCCAACCUUCAAAUGCUUUGUUUUUUAAGUAUUGUAAUAAUCCCUUGACUGGCACACUGUAUUUGAGCAGCACACCCAAAAUGUGAUGACAGUUUGUUCAACCUUACACAUCAGAGCUUUUUUUUUGGUCAGCUUUAGAUAUCCUUCAGAAUGGAUUCUUUUUUAAUGAAGAAAGUAUAUUUUGAA